AUGCUCUCGCAGCAUCCUCGAGGCGUCGCACAGCGUUACCAUGACAGCCAGGAUGCGUACUGCCAUCAGGUACUGCUGUUGUCCAGCGAGGAAACGGAGGACAGUCUUGAUGCAAAACUACACCAAGAGGCCAGUGAGCUCGGGAUCGAUAUGGGCUUGCUGGGCUCUACGCUCGACUUGACGUCUGACUCUACGCCGAAACGGAUGGACGCCUUCAGAACAUCGCAAGAGUCUGUUGGCUCUCGUGCCUCCCAGUCUACGGGCUUCAUGUCCACUUUUUCAGAGACUUCACGCGAGCAGCACCCUCCAGCUGAGCGGACGCUGUAUAGGACACCGAUCUCCUUCCGCGACUACGACGCCUUUGUUGCCCGUGGCCGAGGCCAGGAUGGACACUCGUUCUCCUCUUCGCCACCAACCACGCCGUCUCAGUCUGCGUUCUCGCUUCCACUUUCGAGCCCCAGAUCCUCUCCAAAGAGACAUUUCCGGCGAAUUCGAGGACUGAGUUCGUUACGAAAUGGAUGGAAUAGCUCAAGCACUUCGAUUGCUGAAGGCUGUCCUCACUGCCCGCAAGACUCGCAGAGUCAACGUAGAGCAGUCCACAAGUUACCCUGCGGACAUCGAGUAUGUACGCAGUCUCUCCGCGUCACGAUCAAGGCAACGACCGAUGGCAAGCUGGGUAAAGCACCAAGCUGUUGCAACAUGCCAAUACCAGGUUCACUUGUCGAGCAUGUCACGACGCAGACCGAGCAGACCGCGCUUCUGGAAAGACUGGAGCAGAGGGACGAGGCCAUAUCGUUACCUCGAUCCACGUCAAGCGAAGAGCGUCCAACAGAAGCUGUAGGCCAAGCACGAGCUACCACGACGGAGAGCCGUCCUGUGUCUGCUGAUUUGAAAGUCGAUGCGGUCAUGACCAAAAUGCAGGACGAUCUACAGGAACUGGCCAACGUUACCCGCGACCACGAUGCUACAUUCUUAAACCAGGUACACAGCGACCAGUGCGACAGCCACAUCCUCUGGAUAAGAAAUCUUAGAGCCGAGCUUACUGCGGAGCAUGAAAGUAUACGCAAGCAAAUGCAUGAACGCCGCGAGUCGGCUUUGCAAGAGCUGCUGGAGACGCAGGCGGCUGCUAUGGCGGAAGCAGAGGACAAGCAGGUUAAAGCCGAGGCCAAUAUGCGUUUGAUACAUGAACAAGCAAGGAGAGACAAUGCUACUGCAUUGAAGCAUAUGGAGGCUUACUGUGCAGGAGUGUUUAGUACUGGCGAGUUGCACGGUCGUCCAGUGACCGAUCAAGAUCUUGCAGAGCUGGAGAAGACAAGACAGGUAAGGCAAAAUAUGGAUGCGAGGCAGGAGAGUGCCAUAAAUGUUCUGCGGGGCGAGCAAAGUCGCCGCAUGAAGAGUCGAGGUCAGCGGCAGGAAAAGGAGGAGCAGGAGCUGCAGCGAGUGCAGAAGAAAGAGGAGGUGGAUCUGGAACAGCAGCUCGGGUCAGAACUCGCACAAUUAGAGGAGUUGUUGGGUGAUAAGACGAAACGACUACGUGGGCGUUGGCGGUUGCAGACGGCAAUCUUUGUGAGGAAGGCAAAGACGAGCCUUGAUGUUAUGGUUAAUGAAUGCUCGCCAUCAAUUGGAUGGCCUUCUUGUGGUCCCGUGGCCGAAAUUGGACCCGAGGCGGGAAUGCAUGAUACAAUGGGACAGAGAGGAUUUACGACGGGUAUUGCUAUGCAUAGUACGGCGUGA